AUGGACACAACAUUAGUUGAUGAAGCCUCAGAUAAUGGAAUUCAAACAUCAUCAUCAUCAAUGGUGAUGGAUAAUGAUCAAGUGAUCAAAAGUGGUGAUGCCGAAGUGUUGGACGAGGAACCAAGAAAUUUGUUGCUCUCAUUGUUGUCAGAGGUCAAGAUUGGAAUGGACUUGUCACGUGUACCACUGCCAACAUUCAUAUUGGAGCCUCGAUCACUGUUGGAGAAAUUCACCGACUUUAUGAUACACUGCGACUUGUUGGCGGGCGUGUCCAAGUUGGCCGACCCCGUCGAGCGCAUCUACAACAUCACACGUUGGUUCGUCUCGUCCUUUGCCUACAAGCCGGCCAAGGGCGUAAAGAAACCCUACAAUCCAAUUCUUGGCGAGAUAUUCAGGUCGCAGUGGACCUACGCUGGCACCACGGCCUACUUGGUAGCCGAGCAGAUCUCACAUCAUCCACCCGUCUCUUGCCUGUACAUAUCUAAUCGCAAGGAUGGCUAUGUGAUCACUGGCAUCAUCAACCCUCGCUCCAAGUUCACUGGCACAUCGCUGGCUGUCAUUGUGGAGGGAUCGAUCACUCUACAUCUACCCGAGCUCAAUGAACAAUACGUCAUCAACUUCCCAAACAUCUAUGCACGUGGCAUCCUCUUUGGUACAUUGCUCACAGAGAUUGCGGGUAACACUCAGAUCACAUGUCAGGCCACCAAUCUAAAGGUGGAGAUGGAUAUCAAGGCCAAGCCAUGGAUCGGUGGGGAGUAUAAUACAAUGACUGGAAAGAUAAAGAGAAAGUCGACAGAUAUAUUGUACACAUUUGGCGGCAAAUGGGAUGAUAAGUUGGACAUCACUAAUGUAAAGACCAAGACAACAGAGGUGUUUUGGCAGUGUAAAUCGGCAAAGAGAACGGCCAGAUACAUCCGUCCACUCGAGGAGCAAGAGAUCAAUGAAUCACAAAGACUUUGGAUCAAUGUGGCCAAGGCAAUCAUACGUAAAGAUCAGAAAGAGGCCACCAGUGAGAAGAUCAAGCUGGAGGAUGCGCAACGACAAUCCGUCAAAGACAGGAAGGAGAAGAAUAUUGAAUGGGAGCCAAAGUAUUUCCACAAGGUUGGUGAUCAAUGGGUCUAUCGUUAUGCAAACUUCACGCCUUAUGAUCCAAGUGAGCCACCAGAGUUGGAGACGAAUGGAAUUAUACAUCUUUCGAACUUGGACUCAAAGGCGACCGCGGAUGUCCUGGCACCUGGCAUUGUACAGUCUGGAAGCAACAUGUCAAUGGUUUGCAGGGAAUGA